UUUCUCUCGGUUUCUAUGUUGGUGAAACAUUGAAAGUGAUCCUCUCACAUAGACGAUCUUCGUCAGCAAGUAGGCGUUCGGUGUUUCACUCUCUCUCCCUCCCUCCGUGGGUCAGCGUGGGCGGCCCCGUGUGGCAGGAGGAGAGCGAAACACGACACCCCACCGCCAGAGGAGGAAGAAAGAGGAGGAGGAGGAGGAGGAGGAGGAGGGGAACACGAAGUGACUGAGUGAGUGGAAAAAGAAAAGUGUGAGCCGGAGAAAGAGAGGGGCAGAGAAAGGGAAAGAGCGGAGUUGGCUGCGCUACUUUUUGUUCCUUCUUGUUGUUGUUCUUUUUUUAUUUUUUUUUUGCUGCUGCUGCUACAGUCAAUGAUGAUGAUGAAGAUGAAGAGGAGGAGGAAUCGACCAUGCGACAUCGUUGCAACAAACGGGAUCAACAUUUAGACCUGUGGCUCCAGCUCCACCGACAAAAACUGCGGCACGACUCCGACAAACUUGCGCCAUUCAGACCCGGGUGACUUGGAUAUUCUCCCCCUCCUCUUACCUCCGUACCUACCUACCUCCCUUCCCCUGCUUCCAGAGUUUUUUUUUUUUUUUUUUUGUCGGGGCAACUUUUUUCUCGCAGCAGAAACGACAUUUUUUCUCCGGCGUAAAAGUUUUUCAACCAAAGUUCAUGUGUCCGGAGAAGAAAAAGCAGAAGUGCGAGUGAAGUUAGCAGCGGAACUCGAGGGGAGGUUCAGUCCCAUGGAAGAAGCCACUGGAGGAAGGAGACACUGCUAAAAACUAAGAGCUAACUGGGAGCUAACUAGGCUAAUUAGGCUAACUGAGCUCACUUGGCUAGCUGAGCUAACUCGGCUAGCGAGGCUAACCGAACUGACUUGGCUAAUUGAGCUAACUAGGCUAACCGAGGCUAACUAGGAGCUAACUGAGCUAACUAACGUCUAAAGUUACGACUCGACGGUUGGAGAAGAGAAAGUGACCGAAGACUUUGACAAAAGAUGAAAACACCGGCAGACUCGGGGUUUGCCUUCCCGGACUGGGCCUACAAGCCGGAGUCGAGCCCGGGCUCCCGGCAGAUCCAGCUGUGGCACUUCAUCCUGGAGCUGCUGAGGAAAGAGGAGUACCACGAGGUCAUCGCGUGGCAGGGGGACUACGGGGAGUUCGUCAUCAAGGACCCGGACGAGGUGGCUCGCUUGUGGGGGGCCAGGAAGUGCAAACCGCAGAUGAACUAUGACAAGCUGAGCCGGGCGCUAAGAUACUACUACAACAAGAGGAUCCUCCACAAGACCAAAGGGAAGAGGUUCACCUACAAGUUCAACUUCAACAAACUGGUGCUCGUCAAUUAUCCCUUCAUCGACAUGGGCUCUGGUCGAGUCCCCCAGAGCGCCCCUCCCGUGCCGUCCGGAGGCUCCCACUUCCGCUUCCCCCCGUCCACGCCCUCCGAGGUCCUGUCGUCCAGCGAGGAGCUGCGCAGCCCGGGCAUGUUCAGCAGCGUGGCGCGCCGCAUGGCCCGCGGCUCCGUGAGCGACUGCAGCGACGGCACCUCCACCAACUCGGAGCUGGAGGAGGCCGUGGGCGCCGAGGAGAGGGCCGUGGGGCCCGAGCGGGCGUUCAGGGGCCUCCUCCCCCCGCGCCUGCCCCAUGAUUCUCUAUUCAGGGUCUACGGCGGGGGCCCGAACCCAGCUGGGCUCGGCAGACCUGGAGCCAGAGUCCACCCGGACCCCCUGUCCCCUUUCCCCGUCUCACCCCUGCCUGGUCCCGGGGGUCUGCUGCCGCCGAAUCUCUCCCCGGCCCUGACGAUGACCCCCACCCCUCACCUCCCUUACACCCCCUCACCCUCCCUGUCGUCUCCCAUGUUGGGCUCCCACUUCUCCUUCAACCCAGAGGACAUGAAGCACUACCUGCAGGCCCACAACCAGUCCGUCUACAACUACCACCUCAGCCCCCGAGCCUUCCUCCACUACCCCAACAUCGUCAUCCCCCAGCCCCACCGCCCCACCCCGGAGAAGCACCACCUCCACGGCCCCCCACUGCAGCUUUCUCAUUCGCUCAGCCAGCACCCGGGCGGCGGAGGAGGGGAGGACGGGCACCAGCACCCGUCGCCAUUCAAGUUCAAGCUGCAGCCGCCGCCGCUCGGCCGCAAACAGAGGGACUCGGGAAGCUCCCUGGCUGCUUCCUCCUCCUCCUCCUCCUCCAGCCAGUCCUCCUCGUUCCCAGGUCAGAUGAGCAACUCUGUCCUGGUCGGGCCUCCUAAGAUCAAGGUGGAGCCCAAAUCAGACUCGGAGGAGUCAGAGGAAGAGGUGGAGGUGACCGACAUCAGCGAGGAAGAGGAGAUGAAACACAACGACGAAGACGACAUCUUCGCGGCGGCCGCUCGCCACCAUCGGCACCAGCUCAACGUCCAUCACCAUGCCAACGGAAACAGCAGCAGCCUCUCCUCCGCUCCUCUGCCUCCACAGAGCAACAACCCCGAGGACGACGACGACGAGGAGGUCUUCAAGACUCCCGCCACCCCCCCUCUGGGCGGCGGCGGCGGCGGCCUGGCCUUCCCCCUGAUGAACCUGAAGAGCGAGCCGGGUCAGGCGGCCCCCAUCAGCCCCGGGGGCACGCGCUGCAUCCCCCUCAAACUCCGCUUCAAGCGCCGCUGGAGCGAAGACCAGAAGAUGGAGGCCGACGGCGAGCGGGACGAGGCGGAGGACAAGAAAGUGAGGGCCGAGGGAGAGGAGGAGGGGGCGGAGGGGAAGAGGGAGGAGGCGAGGAGGAGAGCGGGAGAGGUGGAGAACGGAAGAGGAGGAGGAGGAGGAGGAGGGGGUGUUAUUUUGGGGUUGAUGCUGCCUCCACCUCCCACCCAGCGCAGAGCGAGCUCAGAGCUGCAGAGGGCCACGGCCCAGCUGUCUCUGGAAAACACCGGCUGCUGAGCUUCACUAACACACAGACACACACACACACACACACACACUUCUGGAAAACCAGUGACGUCACAGCGGCAGGAAAACUCUAACUCCUAAACACACUUCAGUAUCUGGACACGCGUCACGUGACUCAAGGAUUUCCCCUCAGUGUGACACAUCCACAGAUCCUCUAAUGUACAGAAAGACGUCUCCGUGGCUCCCAAUCGAACGCAACGGACUCGGAUGUGUUCGCCGCGACUUAAACACUAAGAGAAAACCAAACAUCUUUGUAUAUUGACUGAUCUUUAACACUCACAGCGACCCCCCCCCCAACCUAGUGCCAGUAAAGUUGAUCUCACCUGUGCCCCCCAGAUCUCUCUCUCUCAUGGAUCUACUCCUGAACACAAAGUUAAAAUAAAUGAAACGAAUAUCCUCACUCAGCCUCCUUCUCUCCUUUGUGCUCGCUGUAAUCAGGACACAGAGCCUGAUGUUACUAAAGAGACAUUUAAACAGCCCUGAUAGAGAUUACAGAAGUGCCUCCUCCGUCUGCACCCGUCACCACGCAGCCGUUUACAAGAACUCGCUCUGAAGGAUCUUACAGGCUGAGGAGAGGAUUUUUUUUUUUUUUGUCUCCUUUCAAGUGGUGAUUAAGGAAAGAAAAAAAAAAAAAACAAGUCUGCAAUCACAGUCUUUUCUCUCCUGGAAUCAACUCGGACGCCAUCAGGGCCAGACUGAGACCCCCUCCCCCUCACCCCCUCACCCCCCUCCCUUCACUACAGUGUAUAGAGACGAACCUGAGGAGGUCACAGUUUUAACUAAAAACUAACCUCUCGGACGACACGUUAAUUUAGACGUUUGUGUACAGAGAAGGAGCGGAGGAUCUUUCCUCUUCACUUGUUGUGGAAAUGAGGAAGCGGCUCCCACCAAGGCUGUAAUUAAACACACACACACACAGACACACACACUUGUUUCUAGACGAGUGUUUGUUUGUGCGUACGUGUGCGUGGACCCAGGACAUGAAGCCUCGAGGACACACGGAGGCUCGUCCUCGCACACAUCUUUUAUUUGGUUUGAGGGCAUUUUCUAUUUUUGUUUGUUUUUAACCCUCAAACGCUCAGAUCAACAGCUCUCGUCUGCAUUCCCCUGUUGUUGUUGUCGUUUUUUUUUUUUUUUUUGUAUUUUCUUUCUGUCAGGACGUUUGUGCCUCUUAAGGACAUCGACAGUAUUUUAGGGCAUUUUUAUUUUAUUUUAUUUUAUUUUUUUUUGCAGUGAGCUUUUCAAAUAUUACAAAAUCUGUACAUGUGAUGUUUGGAGAAUUGAUUUUUAUCCAGAAGUGGGAGGGGGAGGGAAAAAAAAAGAAAAACACACACAAAAAAAAAAAAACGGGAACCACGUAAUGAAUGUCGAGGUCAACUCAGGCAAAAAAAAAAAAACCUUCACUGAGAGUAAAACAACGAUUUUAUUUUUAAAAAGAAAAAAAAGCCCAUUUUAAUGAACAAACUAUUCCAAACAUUUAAGAUUGUGCCUUUUUUUUUGUUUUGUUUGUUUUCUUAAAAUUUACCCCCUCACACACACACACACACACACACGCCUUCUGCUUUUAUAAAAGAGAUACAGUUAAUAAGCAAAAUCUACACAUAUAUAUAUAUUUUAUUCAAAUAUAUCUCAAAUAUUAUAUUUCAAUAUGGUCAUUUGAUAGAAAUCAGGAAGUUUCCAUCUAUUUUUAAAUGGUAAAGAUGUGUAUAUAUUCUAACGGGCAUAUUACUACCAGUAUAAAUCUGCCUUCUCACCCUUGCCUUCUCUCGACCGUUGAGCUACAGUGACAAAAGGCGUCAACCGGUGUCAGAGUUUUAUAUUUAUAUUGUGUAAAAAAAAAAAAAAAGAAGAAAAAAAAAGAAAAAACAGAAAAAAAUAUUAAUAAUAAACUGUUCUUGUGUAUUAUUAUUCAGGGGAUAAAACGAGCGAAGGAGCGAGCGAACAUUUUAACCAGAUCUGUAUUUUGUUCGGUUUGUUUUUAACGUCCCUGGAGGGCCAGCCGGGUGGGGUUUAACGAGCCACACUUUUACGUCUUCUCCGACCAUCUCCGCCCGCCUUAAAACCGCACGUUCGACACGACUUAGAGCCGAGGUAGAGGGCGUUUUGUCAGGUGUGUGUGUGUGUCGCCGUGCAGCUGAUGUGGCUGGACUUUGGUUUGACAAACAAACACAAACGCACACACACACACACACACACACACACUCUGUCCCGGUUAGAGCGAAGCUUCACUGUGGCUACAAUAAAGGGAAACAUGACAUCAGACGCCCCCGCAGUCUCUCUGGAGGAGAAACUAGACCCGAUCACAGCGAGGAAACGGCAGGGACUUCCCCGAACGUCUGACUCGCUCAUUCUCAUCCAUGUGUGUGUGUGGACAUAACUUUAGAAACCACACACACACACACAGACACACACACACGCCUCUACACAAAAAAGGCUCCAAUUUAUUUUUCCUUCACCAGGCACAAAAAAAAAAUGUCACACAUCCAUCCUCUUAUUUUCUUAUUAAUUUUUCCACAGAAGUGAAUCGUUAAAGACGUAGCGGUUAAUAACGAGAUAAACCCAGAAGGCCGUACCUGAACUGUUACACCUGUGCUGCCUUACCUGUCGUGGCUUCAAACAAAUCUACAUUUCACCCCCAUGCUGUUCUUCUCUCUUUUUUUUUCCAUAUUACUGUUACUCUUUGUAAUUAUUCUAUUAUUAACUGUUUUUUAUUAUUAUUAUUAUGUCGUACCCUCUUGAAGCGGCCCAUGAACUCCUAGGUUUUCUUUUUUUUUUUCUUGCUUCUUGUUCCCGUUUGCACUGUCGUCCAUGAACUUUAGUCGGAUUCAGUGUUUUUAUUUUUAUUAUUAUAAUAAUUAACAUGUUACCGUGAACAAGAGGGAGGGUAAACCCAUCAUCCCCCAACAUGAUGAAACAACAAAGGGGAGAAUCUAUUUUCUUUUCUUUUUUUUUUGAUGUUGUGUAUAUAUAUAUUUUUUUCCAUUUUUAAUUUUUUGAGGAUUGUGUAAGAAAAGAAGAGGAGUGUUGUACUGUUUUAUUAACCGUUGUAUUAUUUGACAUUCGUUCCCCCUCUUGUCUGCCUCGCGGGAGAGACUUUCGUUCUUGUUCUCGGUGAGGAUCCAGCCGUACUCCUGUUUCCCUUCUGUCUGUUCAUCUUCAUUUGUAAUUAAACAAUAAUCAGGGUUCAUUAAAAAAUGGUCAAAAUGG